AUGCCGUCCAUUAUUUCCUGGUUACGGCAGAUAUACUCGCUUGAUACCCUCGACACUCGCUUCACGACCUCAGCAACUACCCCUGCCACGGACACGCGACCUCCGCCCGCUAAAGAUGCCCGCGCCAACGCCAUUGCCCAAAAUGCUCCGGCAUCACUCUGGCGCACGCCCGAAUUCUUCGUCUACUACCUCUUCUUCAUUACCCUCGUUCCUUUGAUGUUCAAGACCGUCAUCGACGCCUCCAAGGAUGACCACCCCAUCUACCCUACAUACUCAAACCUUUUAUCACCGGGAUGGAUUCCUGGCCGUCAAGUCGACAACUCCGAUGCGCAAUACGCCAGCUUCCGCGACAACAUUCCAUAUCUUGCCCUCCUUCUCAUCGCCCAUCCUGUGGCUCGUCGCAUCUACCAAUCGUUCAUGAGCCGUAAAGAUGUGGCACCCAAAUCUUCCAAACCCUCCGUGGUCGCCGCCGGAGACGCACACCUCGAACAACGGAUGCGCUUCGACUUUGGAUUUGGCCUGGUUUUCAUCACAGCCCUCCAUGGAGCUUCGGCCCUCAAGGUAAUUGCGAUUUUGUUCCUCAAUUACAAAAUUGCCAAAAACCCCCCCGGAACUACGUCCCCGCCGCGACUUACACAUUCAACAUUUGCAUAUUGCUCAGGCACACCGGGAGAGAAGGGAUCGAUGCUGGUCCACUGGGCGCAGUCAUUGGAUAGCCUGGGAGGAAUCAUGCCGCGAUGGGAGGUCCUCUUCAAAGUCACCGUGCUACGGCUGAUCAGCUUCAACAUGGACUACCAUUGGAGUGCUGACCACCUCGCGACGAGCCCCAUUGAAAAGAAACAACUAGACCCCGCGGCCCUUUCAGAUAGAGAUCGUGUCAAGAUCCCCGCCGAACCUGCUGCGUAUAACAUGCGCAACUACAUCGCCUACGUGCUCUAUUCACCACUCUACCUGGCGGGACCCAUCUUGACCUUCAAUGACUAUGUCUCGCAGCAAAGAUACACUGCGCCGUCAUUGACACGCACCCGCACCAUCCUCUACGGAGUCCGAUUCCUUCUUACCCUGCUCUGCAUGGAGCUAAUCCUCCACUACAUCUACGCAGUGGCCAUCUCGAAAGCUUCACCGGACUGGUCACUCUUCACAUCCGGUCAGCUUAGCAUGCUCGCCUACUUUAACCUGCACAUCAUCUGGCUGAAGCUCCUCAUCCCCUGGCGCUUCUUCCGUUUCUGGGCUCUUCUCGACGGAAUUGACCCGCCCGAGAACAUGGUCCGCUGCAUGUCCAAUAAUUAUUCCGCCCUCGCUUUCUGGCGCGGUUGGCACCGUUCCUACAAUCGCUGGAUCGUCCGGUACGUCUAUGUACCCUUGGGCGGAGCUGGACGGCGGCCCGCCGCAGGAAAGCCAGGACCUGCACCAUCAGGCUUCUGGGUCAAGUUCCAGCAGAUCCGCAACUUCAUGCUUGUGUUCACCUUUGUUGCGCUUUGGCAUGAUAUCAACCUCCGCCUGCUUAUGUGGGGUUGGCUCGUCACCCUCUUCGUUCUUCCAGAGGUUCUUGGCGGUAUGUUCUUCCCUGCCCAUCGCUGGCGUUCUCGCCCAACCGCAUAUCGCGUCCUGAGUGGUAUUGGCUCCGUGGCCAAUGUGCUCAUGAUGAUGAUAGCGAACCUGGUUGGAUUCGCGCUCGGUCUGGACGGACUGAAGGACCUUCUUGCGAGUCUGACGGGCUCAUAUGCUGGCGUCGCAUAUAUGAUUUCGUGCUGCGUUGUUCUUUUCGUUGGUGUUCAGGUCAUGUUUGAGAUUCGAGAGGAGGAACUACGCAUGGGAAUCAACUUGAAAUGUUGA